AAGGGGGAGGGAGCAAGCCGCCUCAUUCUCCUCCUUGCGCCCUCUUUGCUUCCUGUCGCUUCUCUCUCGUGCUUUACCCAACUUGCUUGCUUCUUCCGCAAAAGACAGACAAAUAAUAACUACACACUCAACAGUCGCUUCUUCUUCGCCGGCAGUUUUCUUCUUUCUCCUCUUCCUUUCUUCUGUUUCUUCCUCCAUAGAUCCAAGUCCGCCUUUUUCUUUUCUUUGGCCGGCACUUGUUUCGCCGCUGCCGUCAGUCAGCUGCACGUCAAAGCUACCUCUACCUUGGUACCCUAUAUAAAAUAACUAUCUCCCUCGCCGAGUUCGAUGCCCAAUCUUCAACCCAAUCUAUAGUUGACGCCUCUUUGCUCUCGUUACCCCACGAUUUUAACCAUAUUCUUCCCCUCAGACGGCGUAAUAGCCUGCUGGUUUUCUUCCAAGGUCCCGGGUGCUCCCUCGGCCUUGUUGUGUUGACGGUUUUAUCACAGCAAGAACUCGCCAACCGGCCAACCGCCCCCCCCCCCCCCCCCCCCCUCUUCACGCAAAGGAAAAAGCACCGAGUGGGAGCCUGCUUUCAUGUCAAGCCCACCAUGGGAUUUCAUUGCGAAGCUCGUCUGUAUCGGUGACUCAGGCACAGGUAAAUCAAGUCUCACUGUUCGCCUGUGCGAGGGCCGCUUUAGCACCACCCACGAUGUGACUAUCGGGGUAGAGUUCGGCUCGAGGAUAGUGCCUGUUGGCCCGCCGGCGUCUGACGAGAUAGGGAUCAACUUUGACAACACCUCCCUCGCAUCGACUCCGUCCGCUCUCUCGCCCUCGGCCUCCUUCACAGGUACCAUCAACAGCCAUAAUACCAAUAAGAACGGGAAGCUCACCGGCGACAAAUCCGUACCGCCGUCCCCACGGAGCCUCUCGGGACUCCCUCCACCUCCCACCAAGCCCUCAGAGCCACCGGUCCAGAAACGGAUGAAGCUCUCGCUCUGGGACACAGCAGGCCAGGAAACAUACAAGUCCAUCACAAGGUCUUAUUUCCGCGGUGCAUCUGGCGCCCUGCUAGUAUUCGACAUCACUCGGCCCCCGACAUUCGCCUCGUUGACCCAAUGGCUUCAAGACCUGCGACAAAUUGCCGAAGAGCGGAUCGUGGUCAUACUGGUGGGCAACAAGAGCGACCUCGUCGACUCCAAGGGCAAAGAAAAGGACGCCGACAACCCCGACAAUGAUAAUGCUGAUAAUGAAAGUAAUAAGACACAGCGUGUCACCCGUGAAGAAGCCGAAGAAUGGUGCAGACAGAACAAUGUCGUCAGAUACGUCGAGACCAGCGCCAAGUCAGGGGAGAAUGUCGAGCGGGCGUUCCGAGAAGUGGCUGAACGAAUAUACAGGAACAUACAGCAUGGUAGAUACGAUUUAAACGACCGGCGGAGCGGAGUCAAGGGCUACGGUGCCUCAGCCGGGCCCGGCAACGGGCGUGUACCGCGGACAGUCAAUCUAGGUGUCAACGAUGCCAUGCGCAGAGGCAAUCGUGGAUGGACUGGCGGAUGCUGUUAAACCAUAUACAUACUUGCUUUAUACCCCCCUUUUUUUACGUGCCCUGUCCUUCAGGCUCUUUUUCAGCUCCUUUCUGCCUCUGCUUGUUUUACUAUUAUAUUUUAAUUUUAUUUAUAUGCA